CUCCCUAGGGUUUUAAAAAGGGUUUAACGUUUUUUAUCUUUCUCCAGAACUCUUACCUGCAAUACUAUAAAUGCAAACCUUCUCGCUGGAGCCAUAUGCUCCUUCGUGAAAUGUCAUAAAAUCCAAUUCCGUUUCUUCUCCCACGGACCCAGAAACCCAGACCUUAAACAAUGUUCUUCAAGCCGCUCUCUUCCAGAACCCACGUCUUCUUAUCCCCAUCUCCUUCCUCUUCACCUUUUCCAUACUCAAUCAUUAUCUCUUACUUGUGUACGUCUCCAGCGACUCUUCCUUCCCGCUUCUAUUCCUUAAGGCGCCUGUACGAGGAGGAGUCGAGAAAUAUCAAGAUUUCUGUGUGGUGGGAUUUUGAGAAUUGCCACUUGCCCGCUGGGGUUAAUGUGUUUAAGGUUGCCCACGCUAUCACGGCAGCGAUCAGGGCAAAUGGGAUGAAGGGUCCUAUUCAAAUUACAGCCUUUGGGGAUGUGCUACAGCUUUCAAGGGCUAAUCAGGAGGCACUUUCCUCGACUGGGAUCAAUCUGACUCAUGUUCCUCAGGGAGGAAAAAACAGUGCUGAUAGGUCUCUUCUCAUGGAUCUUAUGUACUGGGUUUCCCAAAAUCCACCGCCUGCCCAUCUUUUGCUAAUUUCUGGCGAUAGGGACUUUGCUAAUGUGUUACACCGGCUAAGGAUGAACAAUUACAAUAUAUUGCUUGCAACCUCAGAUACCGCUCCUAGUGUUCUCUGCAGUGCAGCUAGUAUCAUGUGGCGUUGGAAUGCUUUGGUCAGAAGGGAAAACCUAAUCGGAAAGAUUUUUAACCAACCCCCUGAUGGUCCUUAUGGUUCUUGGUAUGGCUAUUAUAAGGUGCCUCUUGAAGACCCAUUCUCAGUUGUUGAGCAACCAAAGUGUACACAUGGGGAAGAGUUGUCUGAAGCUAGUUCAGAGACCAAGACUCCUCCAAAUCCAACUCCAACACCAAUUCCAAAAGCAGUUACGAAGCAGAUCCGUGAUAUUUUGAGUUUGUAUCCUAAAGGAAUCUCAAUUGCCGAUCUGCGUUUUGAGUUGGGAAAAAUUAAGGGCUUUGAUAAAAAUUUGUAUGGCUAUAAAAAGUUCUCCCGGUUUCUCCUGUCCAUGCCAAAUAUUUUGAAGCUUCAAUCAACUGGUGAUGGGAAUUUUAUAGUAAGUGCAGUUGCUGCAAAACCUGAACCUUAUGAGCCUAAUCCAUGCAUCUCUACAGGUCCUGUAGUUAUGGAAGUAGACCAGCUCACUACUAAAGCUUUAAAGCCAAAUGGCAAGGAGGAACCUAUCUCUGGUUCUGUGGAUCAGAAAAAUGUAAUGCCUUUAUCCCCUGAAAUAAGUGCAGAAAGGCCUAUAAGAAAAGUGCAAAAAUCUCCUCCUCAUAAGGAUGUGAAAAUGAAUAUUGAAGAGCCUCCAAAAGAAAUGGAUGAACUUCCUUCAAUUGGUGAAAAGGAUGUGCAAGUGGUUAAUGCACAGGUUUCUGAGGACAAUCCGAUGCCUGUGAAGCAAAAAGAUUCUAAAUCUGAAGUGGGAUUUUUAAAGAAAUUCUGGAGAACGUGGUUUGGCAGUAAAGAUGAUAGUUCUGGAGCAAAAGAUUAUGAUAUUCCAAACAAACCUCAUGCUUAUGGAGAUUACUCUGAUAAGAAAAGUGAGAACACUCUUGAAAAAUGUGGUGCUUCAGGUGAUGUCCUUGAAAAGAAGGAAGUUGAGAAAAAUUUUGUCAACUUGCCAACCCAAAAAAAUGGUCGAGUAUCUUCCACAUCAUGUUCUUCAUCAAAUAGUGACUCAAAUAUAGAGAAAGAAAGUUCUAUGAGUUAUGAACCAUAUAAUGAAAAAUCUGAGAAAAGAGCUGGUUUUUUUGGCCUGAUUAUGAAAUGGUGGAAAUUUGGGGAAAAUAGUCCAAACUCUGAUUCAUCAACUGAUCAACCCAGCAAAGAACUCGAGCAGAUAAACAGUUGUUCUGAAAAGCUUGAUAUUUUUUCUGAAGAUUCCUUUUGGAAAGAGAUGGAAUCCUUUUUAGGCUCGCAGAGGGGAUCACUUCUUGUAUCACAAUCAAUUACCAGGGAGCAGAUGGCAAGGAAUCUGCAAAAGGAUGGACCUGUGGCUCUUAGAUCUCUUGGUGAAAGUGAUGCCCAUCGGUUGGUUGGUAUGUUAAUAUCAGAGAAGAAAUGGGUAGAAGAAAAUCUCUCUGAGUCUUCGCCUUAUAAGCUCACUUGGUCUGCUAGAAAGAGUACUUCCUUUAGUGAUUCUCGUGCAUCAAAUGGAUUACGUUCAAUUUUUUUGAGCACAUCAUCACAAUCUGAUGCCAAGAGACGAUCAGAUCAUGAUGGAGAUGCAAUAAAUGGAAGAAUUCAGAAUAUUUCUCAUGCUGGAGUUUCUCAACCAGUGAGCCGUAGAAAAUCCUCAGUAAGUUUGAGAAGUGAGACAUUAAUGGACUGUCAAAAACUUGUGAAUGAGAUAUUGAGGGAGUUCCCAGAAGGGUAUAAUAUUGGCUCCUUCAGAAAGCUUUUCCUUGAGAGGUAUGGAUAUCCUCUUGAUAUCCAAAAGCUUGGUCACCAAAAAUUGGCAUCCUUGCUACAGAAGAUGCCUGGGGUGACAAUAGAGUCCACUUAUAUUUUUCCUUCUGGUAAAUCCUCCGAAUGUUCCAUUCAGGAUAGUGCUGCUCCUAAUAUUGAUGAAUGUGAUUCAGCUCAUACAUCGACAACUUCAGGUAGUGAAUUACCUGAUGCAUCAAAAGAUGAUGAAUCGGAUUCUACAUGGGAGGAAUUGGGUCCUGUUGAUAAUGCAGGAUCUAGCAGGAAGGCAUCAGAAGAAAAAUGCACAUUUACUCAUUAUGAGUCUUCCGCCUCAGAUGAUGAAUUUUCUGAACCAGAAAGAGAGUUAAUAGCUGGAACUCAGGAAGAAGGGCUAACAAAGUCUGGAAUGAAUCAUGAAGAUAGCUCAUUACUCCAAAUUCUUGAUUCAUGGUACAGCAGUAAGGAAGGUGUCAAGACAAAAGAAAACCCAGAGAAUGUGCAAGACAUGAUUGAUUGUUCAAAAAAUGCUUUACAGCCGUCCAAUCCAUUGGGACUAGGUACUAAGAUCGACACAUCUUUAAGAAAAUAUGGCCAAAAGCAGAAACCUCAAAGGCGCUAUUCUUUUGUUGCAGACCCUGAUGAUAAUGACCUUGAUGCUAAUAACUCAAACAAGCUGAUUGAUGGCAUAAUUGGUAGCUUGAAGAAAUCAGGAGGGUCGAGGAUGCAGAGCUGAUGCAUGAUGAAAAUGUCAAAAUGGGUUUUCUUGUGAAGUGUUGGCUAAGGUGAGAUUCAAUUUUUUUGAAAUUUGAGGUAAUUUUAGUCUUACAUUGGAGUUGCUGCAGCUUUACUUUAUGAGUUGUGAAGCUUGAAUGGCUAUUUUUAAGGUGGACGCCAGUAAGGAACUUUAUCUAUUUUCAAACCUUAAAUUAGUUAAGAUUAAAGGUAAUAGUCAUAGUUGGGGUAGAAAAGAAAUUCUUCAAAGGCUUAGUAGUUUGGAAGCAUAACUUCCACAUUGAUCCAAUUGAAGGGAGCAUAUUAACUAUUCUUCUAUUAAUGUCUAUCUGAAAUAGAAAGGGAUUAAGAUGACUAGCACCAAUCUCCUGUAGUGUGUUUUCUAAGAAAAUGCACACUUGUUUCUUUUUCAGCAAUGGAUCAUGUUAACACUUAAAACACUAA